GAGAAUUCUCCAUUUUUUCACAGCCAUAUGAAAAAAGGAAAAGAGCAGAAACCGUUUAUUUGUAGUCAGUGAACUAUCUCGAUUCGCAGAGUUUCUCAUCCUCUGGAAACUUCGUUACACCCUUCAGAUUUUCCGAUCAUCUCGAAUUGCACCAUCGUCGUCUCCGUAGGGUUUCGGAGUGUACGCGAGCGACGAUGCCGAAGAAGAUGGGCGUCAACAGUAAAGCCGAGGAGGCUAGGGCUCGCAAGAGCGCCGUCGAAUCGGAGCGAAAGCAGCGGGAGACUCGCGAGAAGGAGGACCAGUACUGGCGCGAAGCCGAGGGCGCGAAGUCCCGCGCAUCGAAGAAGCGAGAGGAAGAAUCCGAGAAGCGAGCCGAGGCCGCCGCGCGCCGGGCUGAGGCCCGCCGCUUGGCGGAGCAGGAGCAGAAGGAGCUCGAGAAGCUGACGAAGAAGCCGGACAAGAAGGCCAAUCGAGUCUCGAUCCCCGUCCCCAAGGUCACGGAGGCGGAGCUGAAGCAGCGCCGCGAAGAGGAGCAGGCGGCUCUGCAGAAGAGAAGCGAGGAGGCGAAGAAGCAGCAGAGCCGGACCGCCGCGGAGGAGGAGUACGAGAGGAUGGUGCUGGUGACGAACACGAAUCGCGACGAUUCGAUAAUCGAGGCAAGGACGGUGGAGGACGCGGUCGCUCAGAUGACGGUGGCUGAUAACUUACCGGUGGAUCGGCACCCGGAGAGGAGGCUCAAGGCUUCGUUUAAGGCUUUUGAGGAAGCUGAGCUUCCCAGGCUGAAGGAGGAAAAACCUGGUCUCACUCACACACAAUACAAAGACAUGAUAUGGAAGCUGUGGAAGAAAUCGCCUGACAAUCCCCUCAAUCAGGUUGCUGAGUGAUGACAACUACAUAUUCUCUGUAAGAUAGCGGAUGGACUUUUCUUUUGAAUUGUUUUUAAGGAUUGAUCCCACUCUCAUGUGGCCAACUUUUAUGGCUUAACCAAAUGUGUGGCAUCUGUCCUACUGUAUGUGCUUUGUCCACUCAAUAAAAUUUGAAUUACAAUAA